CAAACUUUUGAGGCUGUAAUAAAAAUGUCAUGGAUAAAUAUUUUUCUCAAUCAAACACUAUGUCGUCUUUUAAACAAAAAAAUCAGAAAAAUUAUAAUCUAGGAAUCAGCGAAGAACCUUAAACAAUAACUAAUGAAUCUAAAAAAAAUUGACAAAAUCCCCACAAAUCUAGCCAUCCACUACCCUAGACGAAUCACAAUGUUUAUGAAUGAAGAAGAUGGGAGCAGAAAAUAAAGAAGAAAACGCGUGUUACAAAAGGAAAAGUGCAUCCAACAAAUAAAACAGCCACGUGGCCAAUGUUAGUUACGAUUAGCUCAAUUAGUUAGCUGAUUACGUAGAUGAUAAACAAACUAUAAAAUCCAGCUAAAGGGGGAAUAUUGUAUCUUUUUGCAAUCUGACUUUUGCUACGGCAGUUAUCUUAAUUCACCAUUAGCUUUUCAUCCUUUUCGUUUCUUCAUUUCACAUGCACACUUGCACCAGAGUCUUUGGAAUCUCUCUUCAGGUCCAGUGUAAUUGAGUCGCGUGAGCUAAGGCAUGGCAUCGAUCAAGAGAUGCGAGCAGACUCGUGUUAAUUGGUAUUCAGAGCUUAACGAUCCUACCCACACAUGCGUAUGCUGCGAAACAACACGAGGGGAACGAUUCAGAUGGAGAAGCGAAUCGAAAGCUUGGAAGCUCAAUUGGGGCAAUUGAAGCAACAUCAAGUGGAGAUGAAUCAAUCAAUGAUGGUGGUGUUCCGAAAACAAUUUGAGGAACUAAGAAAGGAACUCAGAGUGGAAGGGAAGAGAGUACAAGCAGAGGGUAGAGAAGAAAGAGGAUCUGCAUCAACAAACUCACGAGCAGAGCAGAUGCAAGCCAACACCAUUGGCUUUAUAUACAUACACUCAGCCGAGUGUGAUUGGUGUAGAAGCAUCAGUACAGGAAAAAAAAGACAUCUAGAUGCAACUACAGAGGUUGUUACAACAGGCGCAAGGAAGAAUGAAGACCUGCGCAGAUCGCCAGCGAAGUGAAAGAGUUUUUCAGAUCAUCAACCGAGUGGGUGCAGUUGCUUAUGAGCUCGUGUUACCACCGACGGCCAAAUUACAUCCAGUCUUUCAUGUGAGUUUCUUGAAGAAGUGAGUUGCACCAUCAAAUAGAGUUAGUCCCACAUUAUUGGCAUUCGAUGACGAGGGUAAGACUUUGUUGCAGCCAGUUCAAGUGCUAGCCCGCCGUCUGGUUAAGCGAAACAACAGUCCUAGCACCUAGGUGCUAGUGCAGUGGGCACAUCUCCCGGAGGAGAAGGCGACUUGGGAAGACUUUCAAGAGAUUCAAGCACGGUAUCCUCACUUACUAGCUUGAGGUCAAGCUAUGUUCUGAGGGGGAGGUAGUUGUUAUAAAUGAAGAAGAUGUGAGCAGAGAAUAAAGAAGAAAACGCGUGUUACAAAAGGAAAAGCACAAACUAUAAAAUCCAGCUAAAUGGGGGAAUAUUGUAUCUUCUUGCAAUCUGACUUUUGCUAUGGCAGUUAUCAUAAUUCACCAUUAGCUUUUCA